CAGGUCACUUUCAACAUGGAGAGUGGAGCAGGAAGGCACUGGACUGAAGAGGAGGUUAAAGCCUUGUUAAGCGUCUGGUCAGAAAAAAACAUCAGAAAGCAACUCCAUGGAACACUAAGGAAUAAAGGAAUAUUUAUUUACAUUGCUAAAAGGCUACAGGAGUUGGGGAUCUGCAGAGACUGGAAACAAUGUCGUGCAAAGUAUAAAAACCUGAAAUAUGAAUAUAGAACAGUUAAAUAUGCCCACAGCUCAGGAGAUGCUACAAAGACCAUGAAGUUUUUUCAUGAAUUGGAUGCCAUAUUGCAACAUGAACCUGUCACACAGUUAACAGGGGAAGAAAACAGCAGGUGUUCAGCAAAUGACAUCAUAUGUACCACCAGGGAGAACAAUGAAGGUGAAGUCUCAGUUACAUUGGAAGAGGAGGAAGAUGCUCCAGCAAAUCCAUUGCUUUUUAUAUCCCACUGCAGGCCUAUUCAACUAGGUAACACAUAUCUGUGUCUCUCUCCUAUCCUACCUGAUGCAGGUAACCCAACAGCAAUACUAGACACUUCCAAAAGUCUGCCCUUCAUUCCAUCUGUAGCAAACGAAGGAGGGAAGCACUGGACUGUUAAUGAAGUUAGAGCUCUAAUACGUGUAUGUUCAGACAAAAGCAUCCAGCGACAACUGGAGGGAACAGUGCGGAACAAAAGAAUAUUUGAACAUGUUGCUGCUAGACUCCAAAAAUUUGGAAUUGAUAGGGACUGGAAGCAGUGCAGGACAAAAUAUAAGAAUCUAAAACAUGAAUACAAAAGUGUUAAAGAUGCCCAGUAUUCAGGCAACACAAGCAGAAGUAUGAAGUUUUUUAGAGAAUUGGACGCUAUUCUGGGACAUGGCAAUGCAGAUAAAACACGUGGAUCGGAUAAUGAUGAUAGCGAGAAGCCUGCAGAAAGUACACCAGGAAAAAAAGUGAGAGAAUUGCAUCAAGAUGCUGGUGAGGAGGAUUCAGUUAGCAAUACAUCAGGAGACCAGGAGUUCACAGAGACAAGGAAAGCAACAGAUGUAGUGCUUCGCAGCACGGUAAACAGGGAAAAGUAUGUAAAUGGUCAUUUGGAAGAGCCAGUCGGUACACACAUGAAGGAAGAUAUAAAAGAAGAAGUUACUGAUUUGAUAAUCCCUGAAGAUGAUGAUUCCGUUAAAAGUACUCCAGAAGGUAUAGAGCUCACACGUGUAAAGCAAGAGCCAAUUGACAUAGAUGAUGAUUCUAUCAGCACAGCCUCAGAGGAUGCAUCUGGAUUUUCAAUGUAUAAACAGAUAACAGGGACGGACAAUCAAAUAUCCCUGGAUGAAGCACAGAAUCACUUUAGGGUUAUCACAAUUAAUGACACAGGAGCAGGAAAGCACUGGUGUGACAAUGAAAUCAGAGCUUUGAUAAAUAUAUGGUCAGAUGAGGAGAUACAGCAAAUGCUUGAAGGGGCAACAAGAAACAAAGAAAUAUUUGAGGAGAUUGCCAGAAGACUAAUGAAAGCUGGAAUAGAUAGAGACUGGAAGCAGUGUCGCACAAAAUACAAAAACUUAAAAUAUGAAUACCGUGCACUGCAAAAAGAAAGUGAUCAGCUUGGCAAUGCAAGGAGGAAGAUGAGGUUUUAUGAUGAAAUUGACUGCAUUCUGCGAAGUCAGCCUCCAGAGACAUUUACAGAAGUUAUCACAGACACAGUACCGCUGAAAAUCAAGAGAAAAGCUUCUGAAGAAGAACCCUCACCUGUUGAGUUGAAGAAAAGUGCUUCUGACAAUAUUGCAGUCCAGUCACAAAGAGGUAAAACUGAAAGUAUGCAGGACAACAGCAGAACACAGCUGACUAGUGUCCUCCCUGCUGUGCAACAGGCGCCUCGGGCUGUCGCUUCCGUCGCUGCAAUGGCCCCGAUACGUUCAGAACUUAAACUAGGCAAAAAAAUAAAUGAGGGGAAAACAAAAGAGGUUUAUGAAUUGCCAAACCUCCCAGGAUGUGUUCUGCUUCAAUCAAAGGACCAGAUAACAGCUGGAAAUGCAGCUAGAAAGGAUCUUAUGGAAGGGAAGGCUGCCAUCUCAAAUACAACAACAAGUUGUGUGUUUCAGUUGCUUCAGGAAGCUGGAAUCAAAACUGCUUUUGUGAGAAAACAGAGCGACACAGCGUUUAUAGCUGCUCACUGUGAAAUGAUUCCGAUUGAGUGGGUUUGUAGAAGAAUUGCUACAGGUUCUUUCCUGAAAAGAAAUCCUGGUGUUGAGGAAGGCUACAGAUUUAAUCCUCCUAAAAUUGAGAUGUUUUAUAAGGAUGAUGCAGCAAAUGAUCCACAAUGGUCUGAAGAACAACUCAUUGAAGUGAAGUUCCAGUUUGCUGGCCUUGAAAUUGGACGAACUGAAGUUGAUAUUAUGGCCCAGUCUACUCGAGCGAUUUUUGAAAUACUUGAAAGAGCAUGGCAGCCCCUGAACUGUACUUUAGUUGACAUGAAGGUUGAGUUUGGUGUUAAUGUAGCUACAAAAGAGAUUGUUCUUGCUGAUGUCAUUGAUAACGAUUCUUGGAGAUUGUGGCCAGCUGGAGACAGAAAACAGCAGAAAGACAAACAGUCUUACCGUGAUCUCAAAGAAGUGACUCCUGAAGCACUGCAGAUGGUGAAGAGAAACUUUGAAUGGGUGGCUGAAAGAGUGGAGCUGUUGCUGAAACCCCAGAGCCAAGGCAGGGUGGUUGUACUCAUGGGCUCAACUUCAGAUCUUGGUCACUGUGAAAAAAUUAAAAAGGCGUGUGGAAACUUUGGUGUUCCUUGUGAUUUACGAGUGACCUCUGCUCACAAAGGACCUGAUGAGACACUGAGAAUCAAAGCUGAAUAUGAAGGUGAUGGAAUUCCUACAGUGUUUGUAGCAGUGGCUGGGAGAAGCAAUGGCUUGGGACCUGUGAUGUCUGGAAAUACUGCAUAUCCUGUUGUCAACUGUCCUCCACUCUCUGCAGAUUGGGGUGCUCAGGACAUAUGGUCAUCGCUGAGGCUGCCUAGUGGUCUUGGCUGUUCCACAAUUCUUUCACCUGAAGGUGCUGCCCAGUUUGCUGCUCAGAUUUUUGGGUUGAAUAACCAUUUCAUCUGGGCUAAGUUGCGGUCAAGCAUGUUGAAUACAUGGAUCUCCCUGAAGCAAGCUGACAAAAAGAUGAGAGAAUACACUUUAUAGAUGGCUUUUUAAACCAUUGCUGUAUUAGCCACCAGAAUUUGGCAUGUCAUUUCUAAGACAAGAACUCUAACCUAUCAGGAAGUUCUUCCUAUAAUUCUUACCAUAAAGAUUAGCAAAGAAAUAAGUUUGCAAGUGAUCUAAACUACUGAAGACUAAACUCUGGCUUUCUGGAAAUAGUAGAACUUAGCAAAAGCAAAGUGAUAUCAGUAUUACGAUAGAAUAGUUCUUACUGAUCUAUCUUGAUGGCUUGUCAAACAGAACUGGUUAUCUGCAUUGAUUUGUAAUCUUGUACAGAAUAAGUCCGUGUGAUUCUCCUAAAGUUUAUAUUAAAAAGCUAGCAAUAACUUUA